AUGAUUAUGAACCAUAAAUUGUGUCGGAAAAGUAAUUCACUAAGUAAUACUGUUCUACUAUGUGAUACAUCUAAUAAAUCAACUAAAACGCGAUUCAAGGCUGAGCUUCGAUCAUUCGACCUUGUUUGGCGCUACUUUCGGUCUUUUUGCCUAAUGACUCCAUCAAUCGACUCCAACGUUGCUCACAGUCUUUCCACUUUUGAUCAACCAGUAGACCGAGCCAACAGUUCAGGUGUUUCUAGUUUAUGGCAAGAGGUAGUCGCUCGUCUUGAAGCCUCAGUUGAGAAAGAUAUUUGUUCAAAUGAUCCGUUUUUAGUGCUAAAAUCGAUUCGGAUUCUUCGUCAAUUCGUUGUAGCCAGUGUAAUGAAUAAGCUGGUUGUUGGGAAUAGCUGUGUUCUUCGUCCACGCCUGCUUGAUUCACUUAGUCGUUUAAAACAAUGGUCUAUGACAAACAUCAAUGUAUGCAUUGAUUUAUUCAGUUUAGUCAACAGUUUGGUUCGAGAUUGUUCUUCGUUAUCAGAAGAUAUUCUUCAUCAUUCGGAACUGUUGAAUGAUUUUAUAAACCUAAUCCUAGAUGAGAAGACAGAUCUUAUGGUGCGUGAAGCAGAUUUACUAUUUCUACGUAGUCUUUUCAGAGCUGAAGAUUUGGGCUCAAUACUAAUACAAUCGUCUCGAGAAGAAGUUGCCAUUCAACUAUUUACAGUGGAAACGUUGGAAGUAUUGAUCAAUUCACUCUUAGUUAAUCCACCUGAAAUAGUCUCUGAUGUCAACAGCAGCAAUUCAGCUGUAAGAUCUAAACAAUCCAAAAAAAUGCCGUUGCUGGUAUUGACACAAAAUGCUAGAUGUUCGUUAUUUGAAAUUCUCUCUGUAUUGUCUACAAGUGCUGAAUUAGCUGAACGCUUACAUUUCUGUGGAGCCUUAAAAUUAUGUCAUCAAACCAUUAUGUUGAUUUCAUGUAGACAUCGUCUUUGGUCAAGUGAUCAACCAAGAUCCUGUUCUAUGGAUCGAGGAAAAACGUUGUGUAAUCGUGUUGGUUGUAAUCGUACAAUUAGUCCGAGUAAUCACCUGGCUGCUAGAUUUUCAUUGAAGUUGAUGUUGCAUUUAUUUUUCCACCUACCGAAUAUACUGGAUUCCUUUAAAAAGAUUUAUAAUGAAGAAGAACCAAUAAAGCUGGUUGCCUGUUACAGCCAUUUAACCGGGACUAUGCCACCGGUCUUACCUAAUGUUUGUUAUUCAGCACCACGUAAUCAGCGUACCAAACGGAUUCUUGGUAGUAGCAACAGUAGUAGUAGUAAUGUUGGAUUAACGAUUUCUAGUAAUACUGGUACUACCACCAUUAGCACUGCUUCUAUUGCAUCCCCGAAUGGAGUUUGUCCUGGGGAUUCAUCUCAACAAUUCCAUCAAGGUUCUAUUGAUCCAAUUUCAUCUCCUGAUAGACAAUCAGGAUUUACAUGUCCUGUCAAUAGCCGUAUUACUGUUUCUACAUGCUCUUGUGCACCACUGGAUCAUGGCACAUUUGCAUUAACUGGCCUACUUCGAGGUUUGAUUUACUGGCGCUUAGCUAAUCAGUAUUCUGAUAACCAAUCAGUUGAAGCUGUGGAUCAGUUUGGAACACAUGUAAUUACUUCUACGGGAUUAGGAAUCACUGGGGAUGAUAUUGCUUUACUAAUCAUUCAACCACUCACAGAAAGUUGUCUUCAUUUAGAAGCAACACGUAUAAUGACAUGGGCGUGUCAUGUUUUAGUGCUUGUAUUGGAUAAAAGUCCAGAAUUGCAUAUGUGGACUGUGUACACAAAUUCAUUUGUACGUGAGGUUGACCAUCGUGUUACAUCCUUAUUGAAAGCUGUUCAAGAAGCAUCAGACACUCAAAGUUAUACACAAUUUCUGGAACACUUAAUUCCAUUGGUUAAAUUGUUCUCCUGUCUGGCAUCUGGACAUGAAUCAACUCGAAUACUUAUUGGUGAAUUGACAAUGUGUAAGAAACUUGUCGAUUUUGCAAUGCGUCUGAAGUCAUUAGGUGCUGAAAAUGAGAAUCUUGUCAUGCAAUUCCAGCAUUCUGUCGUAGUUCUAUUGCAUGUUCUGUCUCGAUCAUUCAGUUUGCAUCAUACAUUCUUCCGAAAUCAAACAAUUGGACAGUAUUUGUUGAAAUUAAUUGACGACAAUUUACCAAAGAUUACUGAAGGAUCUUAUUUGAGUGCGAAAUUGGUGGAAGCCGCUUCAUCGGGUUUGGUAAAUCAUGUCCUCCCACUGUGUCCUUUAAAAGAACUUUUACUUACUGACUUUAUCAAUGUAUUCAUACGUUUACUGACAACUGGAAGUAUACUGAAUCAACACCGUGA